GAGCGGGCGGGACCGACCCCGGCGGCGGCGGCGGAGGCCCCCCCCGAAUGCCUGGCAGUACCUUGUGGGGCUCCUGUGUUUUAAACCGAGUUUUGUGAGCAGCUUUUCAUCUUCAGCUGGAAAGAAAGAUGUGGAAAGCGUCAGCAGGCCACGCCGUGUCCAUCACCCAGGACGACGGGGGAGCCGACGACUGGGAGACCGACCCCGACUUCGUGAACGAUGUAAGCGAAAAAGAACAGAGAUGGGGGGCCAAGACCGUGAAGGGGUCCGGGCACCAGGAGCACAUCAAUAUACACAAGCUGCGAGAGAAUGUUUUCCAAGAACACCAGUCCCUCAAGGAGAAGGAACUCGAAACAGGACCAAAAGCCUCCCAUGGCUAUGGAGGGAAGUUUGGCGUGGAACAGGACCGGAUGGACAAGUCGGCCGUCGGCCAUGAGUACCAGUCAAAGCUUUCCAAGCACUGCUCACAGGUCGACUCCGUCCGGGGGUUUGGAGGCAAGUUCGGUGUCCAGGUGGACAGAGUUGACCAGUCUGCUGUAGGCUUCGAGUACCAGGGCAAGACCGAGAAACACGCCUCACAGAAAGACUACUCGAGUGGCUUCGGCGGCAAGUAUGGUGUACAGGCCGACCGGGUGGACAAGAGCGCAGUGGGCUUUGACUACCAGGGCAAGACGGAGAAGCACGAGUCGCAGAAAGAUUACUCCAGGGGUUUCGGCGGCAAGUACGGGAUCGACAAGGACAAGGUGGACAAGAGUGCGGUCGGUUUUGAGUAUCAAGGCAAAACGGAGAAGCACGAGUCCCAGACAGACUACGUGAAAGGGUUUGGAGGAAAAUUUGGUGUCCAGACAGACCGACAAGACAAAUGUGCCCUGGGCUGGGGUCACCAGGAGAGGCCGCAGCUGCACGGAUCCCAGAAAGAUUAUAAGACUGGUUUCGGAGGCAGAUUUGGUGUUCAGUCCGAGAGGCAGGACUCCUGUGCUGUGGGGUUUGAUUACCAGGAGAGACUGGCCAAGCACGAGUCCCAGCAAGACUACGCCAAAGGAUUCGGUGGAAAAUACGGGGUGCAGAAGGACCGGAUGGAUAAGAAUGCUUCCACCUUUGAGGAUGUUUCCAAGGUGGCCUCCGCUUACCAGAAGACCGUCCCUGUCGAAGCAGCGACCAGCAAAGCAAGCCACAUCAGAGCCAACUUCGAAAACCUCGCGAAGGAGAGAGAGCAGGAGGGCAGGCGGAAGGCGGAGGCGGAGCGAGCCCAGCGGAUGGCGAAGGAGCGGCAGGAGCAGCAGGCGGCGCGCAGGCAGCUGGACGAGCAAGCUAGAGCCCCGGAGCCGCCCGCCCCUGCGUCCCCCACGGCCCCACCGGCCCGGGAGCAGCCGCCUUCAGGCCCUGUCUGUGAGGACUUGGUGCUGUUCGGGGCCGAGCCAAGCCGGGGAGGCCCUGUGAGCGGGCCUGAGCCCGAGCCCGAGCCCGUGUACAGCAUGGAGGCCGGCGGUCCUCAGGAGGCCAGCAGCCAGCAGGGCCUGGCCCAUGCUCUGGAGUCCGUUCAUGAAGGCACAGACACUCAGGGCCACUAUCCAGCAGAGGAAAACACCUAUGAUGAGUAUGAAAAUGACCUCGGGAUCACAGCUAUCGCCCUCUAUGACUACCAGGCUGCGGGUGAUGACGAAAUCUCCUUCGACCCGGAUGACAUCAUCACCAACAUUGAAAUGAUCGAUGACGGCUGGUGGCGCGGGCUCUGCAAGGGCAGGUACGGGCUCUUCCCUGCCAACUACGUGGAGCUGCGGCAGUAGCUCCGGUCCUGCCCGCCUGCCCUGCCUUCUGUGCCUGCUCAGGCCCAGGGCCGUACAUCCUGCUUUACAUUUUAAGCUUCUGCUCAUGCCUGGGAAAUGUUUAUGCCACAGAAUUUGCUAAUAUAUUGCGGUCAUGUUUCUUAGGAGGACUUGGGUAAUUAUUUUUAUGAGUUUAAGGUAUUUCCUUUCUUGCCAAAUUGAUGUCACGCUGAGCCACUUCAGGGACCUGUAGUUCUCUUGGCUUGUUGUCCUUGCCCCACUGUCAUCGGUCAGGACCCCAUGACCAGCACGAGGAUCGCUCCCUCCUUUGUGGGCCGCUUGGGCAGUGUGGGGGCACUGGACUGCGGUCACUGCCCCAAGGCCUUCGUUUGGAGGAAGCGGGAGGGCCUGGCGGGAAGUCAGACUCAGAAACGGCUGGAGUUCGGCUAGCUUAGCAUCAUGUGGGGCAGCCUUGCAUUCAUGGCAUUUGACAGGUUUUCCCAAAGACCCGGUCCCUCUGCCAGGCCGCCUCCUCAUCUGCCCCGACGCUGCGCCCUCCUCCCGCCCCCAGCACUCAGUGUCCUUUCAGAUUGCCCGCCCCGCCCUGGCCUGCGCAGUCCAGCUGUCUGUCCUGUGGGAGGGCAGGUGCCUUCUCUGUCGCACACUGCCUAAAACGUUCUGCCCAUCGACAGUCAUGCGCUUUUUGCCAAAAUAUGUCAAAGGACAGUAAGGUUUGAUUGAGUGACUUGGCUACAAAUACAAAGUGAACCAGAAGGAGGGCUCUGACCCAGAUGCCCCUGUGGAGGCUGCGUGGGGCGUGUUGCCUUCCCGAGAGACCAGCAGCCCAGCGACGCCUGCCCAUGGUCAGGGGCAGUGUCUGAGGGGGCACAUGGCAUGGCCUUGGGUGUUUGGGACGUUCAUGAUGAGGGACGCGCCCUCUUUCCUGAAGUGCAUCUCUGCGGAAUCCUUGCUUUACCACAGUUAGGUCGGGUUUUAUAUGCAAUUACUGUAUCUAAAUUUCUGUAGCACAUCUCAUAGGUAUGAUUUUUUUAAAUUAAAUAUUCAAAUAAACCUUUUUUUGAUCCA